AUGAGAGGAUUCAGUAAAUCAAACCAACGCCCGUGCCACCUACCUUGGGCCGAAGCUGCUAAUUCCGAGGAUCAUAUGUUUAUUGCAAGAAUUAUCACGCCUAUUAAGGGAGAGUCUACCGAAGAUAGUGAUGAUGAGGAUGAAGAUCUUGAAAGUUCGUUAUCUAAAGGUUUGGCUUGUUUAUAUCAAAAAGCGAUUAAAGCUAAAAAACGUGUGACUCAGGUAUAUCAAGAAGAAACUCAGUGUUUGUAUUACUAUGUUGAAGGGUUCGAAAAAAAUGGUAAGGAAAUUGCAUAA